AUGGAGUGGGAUCCGAGUCGCUUCUUCCGGCCUGAAGGGAGUCCUUCGCCCUAUGCGCUGUUGGUACUGAAUCAGCCAAUCAACGAAAAGGCCUUUGGGGCCCUUAGUGAACACGCUUCUUACAUUAUAUGUGCCGAUGGCGGGGCUAAUCGGCUGUACGACAUGAUGAAGAUUCUCGGGAAAGAAUCCACCGAGCUCCCGGAUAAAAUCGUGGGCGACCUCGAUUCCAUUCUGCCGUCAGUACGACAACACUACGAGGGCCUAGGGGUACCCGUCGUGGAAGAUCCAGAUCAAUAUUCGACAGAUUUCACAAAGUGCCUCAAACACCUCAACAGCCAAGCAACAGGGAUCAUCACAUCUCCGCGACGCCAGAAGAGGAAAUCUCCCAGCACAAGCCAGGAAAAUGCCGCUCCAAUCACGCUACCAUCUCAAUCCAGUCUCGAGAUUGUCAUUCUCGGCGGUCUAGGUGGACGCGUCGACCAGGCCUUUUCCCAAAUCCAUCAUCUCUACUUGAUGACGCAGACACAGCGAGCGAUACGCGAAUCCCAAGAACCCAACCCCCACGACGGGAAACAGAAAAUAGGGUCUGGCGCGGGUGGAAACCUUUACCUCAUUUCGGAAGAAAGUAUCACGUUCGUUCUACAGGAGGGGAAGAAUAUUAUCUAUACACCAGCCACGAACCGCCCAGAUACCGAGGUUUCACCAGACCAAGACUCAACCGCUAAGGAGAAUCAAUCGCCCUUGAAAAGGGAACGAGACCAGGAGACCGGUACAGAGAUGGAGUACUUUUUCGAAGAGAACAUUGGGAUCAUCCCCCUCUCAGCUCCGGCGUCGAUUACCACCCAGGGUUUUGAAUGGGAUGUGGAGGACUGGCACACCGAGAUUGGAGGCCAACUAUCUACGAGCAAUCACAUCCGUGCCGACAAGGUCGAAGUGUCGACAUCCGUGCCCGUGUUGUUUACAGUGGAACUGGCACAGAGACUAAAGAGGGCCCAGUGA